AUGGUUUCUCUUCUCGCUCCUCACCACGCGGAGGACGAACGACGUGCGUGGCACUACUUCAUGUAUGGCGCAGCUCCUGCAUUUGCGGGAACAGUGGAGGCUACCUUUUGGCAACAGCAUAUCCCCCAGCUUGCCCAGACAUAUGGCUUUGUCUGGGACACUGUUGUGUGCCUCAGCUCCUUGGCUGAGCACGUUCCAUACGUGUCGCCUAUUUCCGCCUCCGACCCCGCGGCUUUGACAAACAUCACCAAUGGAAAGCAUUUGCAAGCAUUGAGACACUAUCACAAAGCGAUUGUGAGCGUCCGACGACUGGCCGAGCGUGGGCAUCUCGAUGACUCUGUUGUCGCGUUGAGCUACAUCCUAUUCGCGUCUGUGGAAUAUCAUCAUCGUAACGUCGAGAUUGCAAACAACCUGAUGAAACGGUGCUCUAGAAUCCUUACCGACAAUCUCAGGCUACUCGAUACCCGACCCAGCUCGCCCGCAAGCCAAACUGUUCACCAACUGGUCGCAUCGUACGUGUUGAAAAAGGCCAUUGUGAUUGCUACCCUGGGAAGCGAUCUAUCCCAGGGUGCCAGUAACAGCGCUAGCGAGAUCUCCAAGACAACGUCAUCUACGUCUUCUUUGCUCGAGGCAAGAGUCCAAUUUGAUCGCCUGAUGAACCAGUCUUACGAAGUCAUCAGACAUGCGGAUUUUUUGCCUCAUGUUGAAGAGAGGGAGCCGCAGAAGAUGUUUUUCCUGUCCCAGCGACUGUCGUUGUUGGAUGACCUGCAGCAGUGGAAGUCCUCUUUUAUUGCUCAAAGGAGCCAGACAACACUGGAAUUGGAGAGCGACCUGAUACACUCGUAUCUGCUGACGUAUUGGGCAGUCUGCUACAUAUCUGUAGCAGCAUGCCUCAGCCCUCAUCAGACGGCCUUUGACGAAUACAUGGACCACUUUGCCGAAAUCGUCGAGCACGCCGCGUGUUGCCUCCGACAGGCCGCAGAUUCCGCGAAGGUUCACUCGCUGUUGUUGAGCUUGGAGCCUGGGCUCAUUCCACCGUUGUACUUCUGUGCGACCAAGUGCCGAGAUCCGUCACUGAGACGAGCGGCGCUACGGCUGAUACGCCAGGCCCCAAAGCAAGAAGACUCGUGGGCAUUCGUCGCGCCUGACCGUGUGGUCGCCAAAGUGAUUUCGAUAGAGGAGAGUGAAAACCUCGUCUCCUGCACAGAGGAUUCGCCGCAACCACACCCGGCUUCCGUGCUGCCACCCGAAGCGCGUCGCUUCGCGUUCGUCAGCGUCGUGGGCCGUGAAACAGGCACCGGAAAGCAGCGGCCGGCUCUCGAGCUCAGCAGAUUUGAGUAUGCAGCCGACGGCUCGAGGAAGUUGGUCCAUGAGUAUCCUUGGCUGGACGACGAGCGGGAAUCUUCGUCAGAUAUGGUCCGAUGGUUUGCCUGA